AUGCACUCUGGGAGAGCAACACGCCUUAGCAAAGGGCCUUUUUUUCCCAUCCUUCUUCUGUGUAUGUUAUCGACAGAAGCAACGGCUAGGGGGAGAUCGGUCUCUGAUCGUCAGGAUGGGACAGGACACCAUGGCCGCCGCACCCGGCCCCUGGACGAAACCCUGGCUUUUGGUGUGGUGGUCACUGCACGCCAAAACAAAAGGCAAAAAACCCCUCCCGCCCCCCCAUCGGCCACUGAGUCGCGGGUGGUGGGCGGCGGCGGCGGCGGCGCUGCGAUGAUGAGGUUCGUGAUGCUAGCGGCCACGGCCAAUCCUGGUGCAUCAUCGCCGCCUGAUGAUGGUUGGCAACAGUCAGCGGCGGCAGUAAUAGUAGUAGUGGUAGCAGUAGUAGCAGCAGUAGAGGCUGCCUUUGUCUUAGGUAUUAUGGGGGCAGCAGAUGAUACCGCGCGGCCGUGCGCCCGGGGUUCGAGCAGCCAACCUGGUGCUGCUGGUGCUGGUGCUGGUGCUGCUGGUGCUAAUGCUGCUAAUGCCGCUGCUGCUAAUGCUUGGCUUUCCAAGCCUAUGAUGGAGGAGGUGCUGUGA